GUCUCCCUCUAGUCUCUUUACUCUUUUGAACCUGAUGCAACCACAACGGCUCUUUUUCUCUCUGGGUUCGCAUUUGCCCACUAUAAAUUGCUUCCAUGUUCCUCACUUUUCCCACAUCCUCCUCUCCAUCUGCCUCACAUACACACUCUUCAAAACUAUUUUCGAAAAGCAUAUAUAAACAAACAUGGCCGCAAGCAGAGGUUUGUUGUUGUCUGCAGUGCUGCUUGUUUCUGUCUUCUUAACCUUAACAGAAGCAGGGGAACACUUAGUUGGAGGCAAAGCCAACGCUUGGAAAAUCCCUUCAUCUGAAUCCGACUCUCUUAACAAAUGGGCUGGAGCUUCUCGUUUCCAGAUUGGAGACUCUUUAGUUUGGAGUUAUGAUCCCAGCAAGGACUCGGUGCUCCAGGUGAGUAAAAAAGACUAUGAAACAUGCAACACAUCUAGCCCUAUAGCUGCACACAAGGAUGGCAACACUAAGGUGAAGCUUGAGAGGUCUGGGGCAUACUAUUUUAUCAGUGGAGCUGAGGGACACUGCCAAAAGGGACAGAAACUGAUCGUCGUGGUUAUGUCUGCAAGAAGCCAGUUCAUGGGAGUCUCACCGGCACCUUCUCCGAUGGAGUUUGAGGGCCCUGCGGUGGCUCCAACGAGCAGUUGCGUUAGCUUGAAAAGUGGCUUGGUGGUUAUGUUGGGGGUUCUAACGGCGCUGUCUCUGUUUUGAAAAACUAGACGUCGGCUUUGUUAUGAGAGAGAGAGAGAUUCAAUCAAUUGCUGCUGCUUGAGGAAUCAUUCAAAUGAUUAUAGAAGGAAAUUUUUGUAUUCUUACAUUAGAUUAUUCUUUCCAGAGAUUGGAGUGGAAGCAUAUAUGAAUUAUUUAUUCUUUUCCUGCUUAAA